UCCCUCCUCCCGGGCAUCUUAAAACCCGGAGUUCAGACGGAGGAGGAUCCGGAGUCACAAAGACGCGGUGCAAACAACUCGGCUCCGCGGCUCCCCCGGGAGUGGGAGCCAGAAGGGAGGGGGAGAGGAAGCCGGGCAUGCUCAGUAGACGGGACAAAGUUGUGUUUUUUCCUUUUUCUUUUUUUCUCCGCUCUCUCUCAUUUUUUUUUUUCGGUCGCAAGUAGGAAGCUUUUUGCACUCCACCACCUCUGGCCGCUGGGAAGACGUCAUCGCUUCCGCCCUACUUCCUCCUCCUGUUGGCGGCGGUGAGAAUCCAAUAUGGAGUAAAUCGGUAGAGCCGAGAGAUGGGGCUCGGACGGGGCGCCCUGCACCGCCUCCCAGGCGCACCUCCCCCGGCCGCCGACCGCUCCCCGGAACCGUGAUUGGCCCGCCCCCCCGCCCCCCGGGGGCGACCCCGGACAGAGCCCCCACCCGCGGCCGGCCCCCUUCUCCUCCUCUCACCAGUCUCCGCCGCUCCACGGCGCGCUUGUUUUUUUUCCUCCUCUCCCUCAGCGCGGUCCCCGGCCCAAACCUCUCCCCCUCCGCCCGCUCCCGAGCCCCCGAAGCCCCCGCCCGCCUCGCCCCUCGGCGCCGCGGCGCCCCUGACCUCCCGCAGCUUGCCUUCGCACCGCUUCCCCCCAACCACCCGCGCCCGGUCGUGCAGCUUCCCCUUCUGCCUUCUGCGGCGCCCCCUUCAUCUCCAGCCGUCCCCCCUCCCCAGCCAAAUCAGGCGAUCUCCGGAGAUGUGAAGAAGGGGGUGAGCGCACAGGAAGAUGAAGGGAGCAAAGCUGCCCGCCGCGGGACAGACGUCUAGGUGAACAGGAAAAUGACCGAGGAAACACACCCGGACGAUGCAGUUUUACUCUGGCAGAAUUUCCAGCUCUUUCAAAAUCUGUACAUUCAAGUUAGAGCAACUCCACUUCUGAACCAAAAAAGAAAUACCUUCAGCUAUUGUCUGAACUUGUACCUUGCUGACAGCUCUGCCAGAGUUUCUGGGAGCUGUGAGUUUCUUUAUCAUCUUCCUUCCAAAAAGUUCAAAAAUCUGAGUCACCUUCCCUUAACACACUUUUUUGGGAGUGACAGCUAUAUUGUGCGUGUCAAGGCUGUGGUUAUGACCAGAGAUGACUCCAGCGGGGGAUGGUUCCCACAGGAAGGAGGCGGGAUCAGUCGCGUGGGGGUCUGUAAGGUCAUGCACCCCGAAGGCAAUGGACGAAGCGGCUUUCUCAUCCAUGGUGAACGGCAGAAAGACAAACUGGUGGUAUUGGAAUGCUAUGUAAGAAAGGACUUGGUCUACACCAAAGCCAACCCAACCUUUCAUCAUUGGAAGGUCGACAAUAGGAAGUUUGGACUUACUUUCCAAAGUCCUGCCGAUGCUCGAGCCUUUGACAGGGGAGUGAGGAAAGCAAUCGAAGACCUUAUAGAAGGCUCAACCACAUCAUCUUCCACCAUCCACAACGAAGCUGAGCUUGGUGAUGACGACGUUUUUACGACAGCUACAGACAGUUCUUCUAAUUCCUCUCAGAAGAGGGAACAACCGACGCGGACAAUCUCCUCCCCCACAUCCUGUGAGCACCGGAGGAUUUACACCCUGGGCCACCUCCACGACCCAUACCCCACGGACCACUACCACCUCGAGCAGCCGAUGCCCCGGCCCUACCGCCAGGUGAGCUUCCCGGACGACGACGAGGAGAUCGUGCGCAUCAACCCCCGGGAGAAGGUCUGGGUGACGGGCUAUGAGGACUACCGGCACGCGCCCGUGCGCAAGGCCCUGGACCCCGCCGAGGACGCGGACUCCUACGUGCGCUUCGCCAAGGGCGAGGUCCCCAAGCACGACUAUAACUACCCCUACGUGGACUCCUCGGACUUCGGCCUCGGUGAGGACCCCAAAGGGCGCGGGGGCGGCGUGAUCAAGACCCAGCCCUCGCGAGGCAAAUCCCGGCGGCGGAAGGAGGACGGCGAGCGCUCCCGGUGCGAGUACUGCAGGGACAUGUUCAACCACGAGGAGAACCGGAGGGGCCACUGCCAGGACGCGCCCGACUCCGUGAGAACUUGCAUCCGCCGGGUGAGCUGUAUGUGGUGUGCGGACAGCCUGCUCUAUCACUGUAUGUCGGACCCCGAGGGCGACUAUACAGACCCCUGCUCGUGCGACACUAGCGACGAGAAGUUUUGCCUCCGGUGGAUGGCUCUUAUUGCCUUGUCUUUCUUGGCCCCCUGUAUGUGCUGUUACCUGCCCCUUCGGGCCUGCUACCACUGCGGGGUGAUGUGCAGGUGCUGCGGGGGCAAGCACAAGGCGGCCGUGUGACUCUGCCCCGCCCUCCCCUCCGUCCACAGCCACCAGGGAACUUGUCUCCCACACACUCGCAUCCUCUCCCCUGCUCCCUGGGGCGCCAUUCCAGCCUGGGGAGCCCUCCGGUGGACUCUGCACCUCCCAGCCACUCAUCCAUCCCUGCACAGUCACAGUGUUCUAAAGAAAGGACCCCCCUCCCCCCCCCCCCCCCGCAGAGACGCGUGUAUUAAUAAUCUGUAAUCAAGCUAACUGUCUUAUACCUGUGUUGAUUUCCUGCCCACCUCUUCCAGUUCAAAGGCACCUGCAGGCGGAACUGUUUUUUGGGGGUUUUUUGAUGGGUCUUGUAGUUGGUUUUUCCAAGAGCAUCGAAGACUAUCUUUCUCUUGGCUCAGCUUGCCUAUUGCCAACAAGUAUCACCGGGUUCCUGGAAGUGUGAUGUCAGAACAAUGAAACCCAACCAGAAGUAUUUUAACCCCGCGUUAGUUGCUCUGUCUAGAAGGUGAGCUAGCUGACAAACAAGAUCGCUCUAACUUUUCUAAAGCCAAAUUUCCCAUGUGAGCCGCAGUUUCUAUCUUGAGCCCAUCAUCAUUUUCUGCCCCCGCCCCGCCCCCAAAUCUGCCAGUUCUUCAGGAUGCAAACAUUCACCCGGAAAAUGACUAAGAAUCGAGCCUUAACUUCAGAUUAACUUGGGAGAAUCAGGAAAAUUCCUUAAACUGCAUCACAGCCUCUCUAGCCAGGGCUAGAAAGGAGGUUUCCGGAUUUCCCCGAGUCUCCCCAGUUACCCCUAAGGUAGGACUUUUUAAAAUUGUGUCGCCACCACUUCCAAAAAAUUUAGCAAUAUUGGAAGAAAAUGCUAAUAAAGUAAAAAAGUUGCUUGCUGUUUUGGAAACCAAAUACUCUCUUCAAACACAAACCAGUGUUGGGAAACACUAAGAUUCCAGUAAAUAAAACUAAAGGAGCUCCCCUCUCCCCAGUGGGGGUUUUCUGUUAACAGGGGAAGUUCUAAAUGUUGUAAAUUUGAGGAGUGGUAGGCUGCACCUUGCACGUGGGUUUGUGUUUUUCUUUCGGACUCAGUUUCACGUCACCAAAUUCUUCAUUUAUACUUAGGAAAAAACAAGGCCAUAUGUAAAAAACCCCUCCGAUGCCUAAGUGUCUUUCUCCUGCAGCUCCAAACCCAGACUUGCCACUUGGUGUGCAUAAACGGUUGAGUCAGCAGGCUAGGGCUCUCUGUCGCCUUGCCACGUAGGGGGCUUCGAAUUAGCUGGAAAAGAGUAUUUUUCUAAUCUAUUGCAAGGAAUAGCCAAAUCUUAGGGCAGAAAGAAGAAGAGUGAAGAGUGGUUUCCCUGUGCCCAGCAUCGUACAAUCAGAACAACAUGGAGAACACGGGGGCAGGUUUGUCAAACACUGUUCUUCCUGCCAUGAUCUUCCCGUGGUCACUGCCUGCUGAGGGCAUGGCCUGCUCCCUCCCGCCUCGCUUCCCCCUCCCUUCUCUAUGGCACACCGGACACCAGUCCUCAAGGAAAGGGACUUUUUUCCAAUCUUCCCAUCGUGCGGGAAAGUGCUAGCCGUGCCUACCUUCGUGGAAUGUUUGCAGCUCUCCUGAGAGCCCGGCGCACUUCUUUAGUCAGAUCAUCGGUGCAAAUGCCCUCUGUGCUUCUGAGAUAGUCGGUAGACGUUUUCAUUGGUUGGAGAGACUGGUUUGGGCCUUUCUGUCUGGAAAGGGACCAGAGAGUUGUCAAUCUGGUGAUGGGAGAAAAGAGCAUUGUUUCCCUGCCUGGGCAACAUCUAGCGGAUGGCAGCCAGCCUCCCAACGUUGUUGAGACCACCCCCACGCCCUGAGGGUUUUCCUCCAGGCCUUUCUCAAGGUCUCCUCUCUACAAAGCACAACACUAAUGUAUGUUUUGUUAGACCUCAGUUCCAGAGCCCCUAUUUAUUUCAGUGAGAAUACACAGAUCCCCGCACCUUUUUGUUUGUCGGCUCUAUUCUGUUGUCUCUUUCUCUCCCCUCACCCCCUGUCCUGGUCCACCCCUUUGAAGAGUUAUGCCAGUGAAUCUUAACUCCGCCUAUGCUUUUUGGUUUGUGAAGGUAGCGGUGAAGGGCACAAGGACAGCCAUGGGGACAUUUAUGUAAAUACGUCUCUCUCUCAUCGCCACACUGCAGCUGAACAGUGUGUAGUAUUUUCCCAGUCAGCUUUGCCAUACUGACGUCAAUCAUUUGAAAGAAAUUAUUCAGAUUUUAUUUUUGUAUCUGUGGUAACAAAAACAUUAACCAAAAGAUUAUCUGUUUGGAAGCUUCUCCCAACACCCGCGCCCUCCCCCCCCCCCCCAAGCUAUUUGCUCACAUUAACAAAUUAAAGUGCCUGAAGCAUCAUUCAUUCUUUACCUGUAUACUAAAAACCCUGUUGUAUUGAUUUUUUUAUAAUAACCCUUUUUACCUCUGUGUAAAAAAUAUAUAUACAAGUGUAUGAUGUACAUUUUAAGUUCUUAACUUUUUUUUUUAUGGUUUCUAAUAUGUAUGACCAAUGUAGCCAUUGCUUUAAAAUGUACCGUGUAAAUAUAAACACAUCCUACGAGA